AUGGAAGACCAUAUGGAAGAAGAACUUUUCCUUCUCUAUGGAAAAAGUGUCAAGAUGCCAGUGAAAGAUGAGAGAGGUGGCUUGGAUGUGAGCAAAGCAGUGAAGCCAGUACAGGCUACUCUGUCAUCUUUGAAGAUGUUAGAUGUGGGAAAGUGGCCAAUUUUCUCCCUUUGUUCUGAGGAAGAACUGCAGUUAGUUCGUCAAGCCUGUGUCUUUGGCAGUGCUGGCAAUGAAGUUUUAUAUACUACAGUAAAUGAUGAGAUUUUUGUGCUUGGCACAAACUGCUGUGGCUGUUUGGGAUUAGGUGAUGUCCAGAGCACCAUUGAACCUCGGAGACUGGAUUCUUUAAGUGGCAAAAAAAUUGCCUGCCUCAGCUAUGGGAGUGGUCCACAUGUUGUCCUUGCAACAGCAGAAGGAGAAGUCUUUACCUGGGGUCACAAUGGUUACAGUCAGCUGGGCAAUGGGACAACUAAUCAUGGUCUAGUGCCCUGUCAUAUCUCUACUAAUUUGUCAAACAAACAAGUCAUUGAAGCGGCCUGUGGGUCUUACCAUUCUUUGGUGCUAACAUCUGAUGGAGAGGUAUUUGCCUGGGGUUAUAAUAACUCCGGGCAGGUAGGGUCUGGAUCAACAGCUAAUCAGCCGAUCCCUCGAAGAGUCACUGGCUGCUUACAGAAUAAAGUAGUUGUGAACAUAGCCUGUGGGCAGAUGUGCUCGAUGGCAGUGGUGAACACUGGGGAGGUCUAUGUCUGGGGUUACAAUGGAAACGGGCAGCUGGGACUCGGCAGCAGCGGCAACCAGCCAACCCCCUGUAGGGUAGCAGCUUUGCAAGGCAUUCGUGUCCAGCGGGUUGCCUGUGGCUAUGCACACACAUUAGUAUUGACAGAUGAAGGUCAAGUGUAUGCUUGGGGCGCAAAUUCUUAUGGCCAGUUGGGCACUGGCAAUAAAAGUAACCAGUCCUACCCUACUCCUGUUGUUGUGGAAAAGGACAGAAUUACAGAGAUUGCGGCCUGCCACUCUGCCCACACGUCUGCAGCCAAGACGCAGGGAGGGCACGUGUACAUGUGGGGCCAGUGCCGGGGCCAGUCGGUGACCCUGCCUCACCUCACCCACUUCUCGUCCACCGACGACGUGUUCGCCUGCUUCGCCACGCCCGCCGUCACCUGGCGCCUCCUGUCCGUGGAACCUGACGGCCACCUCACCGUGGCAGAGUCCCUGAAGAGAGAAUUUGACAAUCCCAGCACCGCAGACCUGAGAUUUCUGGUGGAUGGAAAGUACAUUUAUGCGCAUAAAGUCCUUCUCAAAAUUAGGUGUGAGCACUUUCGCUCUUCGUUGGAAGACAGUGAGGAUGAUAUUGUAGAAAUGAGUGAAUUUUCAUAUCCUGUUUACCGAGCCUUCCUGGAGUACCUGUACACAGACAGCAUCAGCCUGUCCCCCGAGGAGGCUGUAGGAUUGCUAGAUUUGGCUACAUUUUAUAGAGAAAAUCGUUUGAAAAAACUCUGCCAACAAACUAUCAAGCAAGGAAUCUGUGAGGAGAAUGCCAUCGCGCUGCUCUCGGCCGCCGUGAAGUAUGACGCUCAGGAUUUAGAAGAAUUCUGCUUCAGGUUUUGCAUAAACCAUUUGACUGUAGUAACACAGACGUCAGGCUUUGCAGAAAUGGACCAUGAUCUCUUGAAGAACUUUAUCAGCAAAGCAAGCAGAGUUGGAGCCUUUAAAAAUUAAUCCUCACCUGCAGGAAAGAAUUUUUAGCAUUUCCAUUUUCCCUGCAAAAGCCAGAGAGUAGUUUCUCUUUAAUAGUAUUUAUGAUGAGCUACAUUUGGCUGAAUACUUAAUGUCCUCUCAAAAGAAGGAUGGUGGUCAGUCUUCCCCACCUUUUGAAAUCUACAAUCUAGAGAGAAGGCAUUAAAUGCUCUCUGAUCAGAUGGGACUAAGCUCAAGGGAAAAAAGUUGAAAUGUCUUACUAUACUUACCAUUUCCUCUUCGAGUCACUUAAGUUGGUAGGUACAUGGGUCUAAGUAUAUGCUAUUCUGGCCAAAUUUCCAUAUUCAACAGGCUGAUACCACAUCGAUAGCUUGACAAGGAAUGCUGUCACUACCACACUUGGAGCAUCCAGCACAGUGCCUUGCAUAGAGUAAGGCACUCAGCUUAUUAUAUAAAUCUUAAUUAUGCCCCGAGAACAGCUUUAUUUGUGGGAUACUGGAUGAAGGAAUAACUUUCACAAAACAAAUUUAAAACAUCUGAGGCUCAUAUUCUUCUGUACAUCGUUCUGAGAAAUAGUGGCUAAUUUAGAGCGUUAAUUGGAAUUCACAAAAGGCCUUAGCAAUUAAAUUUUCAAAGACCCAAGGGCUAAUUUUAAUUCUGUCUUUACUCUGAGUCAUUAAUUUCUCACACGGGGUUAUCGAAUAAGAAGUGUACUAUCUUUGAAUGAAUGUUGUUUCUGGGCUCAUUUGCCUUACAUAAUUGCACAAUGUCCUUUACUUUUGUGUUAAGUGAGAUUUGCCUCUGUAAGUAGAAACGAUUUUGUUUUUCUUGUAGUUGACUUUUAUGUCACUAUAAAACAGGUCUUUUAACUUGGCACAGUGUAAUUAUAAAGUACUAGCCGAAAAGGAACUACGCUUACAUUUCAUGGACAGCACUAGUAAGAGAGAGAUGAAUUUAUACUGUUCAGAUCAAGUUACCCGACUACAAAUGAGAAACUGGAACAGGAUGUAGGAUGUAGAGUCUCCUAAUAUGUAUUUUCACAAUAUGAUGCUAUGUAGAGAAACAAACCUCUUUUGGAAACCUUGUUCUGAUGCUGAACUGUUUGAUAAUAAAGUGCUUAUUUGCAGAUAAUAGAA